AUGGACCGGGGCAUGAGCGAGCUCCUCAAAUGGAGCAUCGAGAACACCGCGGCGGCCAACGGCACAGCCCCCAACGAAGGCUCUGAAGAAGCUCCAGCACCGGAGCGAACCCUCAACCGAGAGGCCCUAGCCGCGCUGAUGGGCGGCCCGAGCGACGCCGAGCUGAUGCGGGCCGCCAUGUCGGUCAUCACCGACACGGACCCGUCCAUCAGCCUGGAGAACAAGAUGAUAGCCUUCGACAACUUCGAGCAGCUGAUCGAGAGCCUCGACAACGCCAACAACCUUGGCCCGCUGUCCCUGUGGGCGCCCCUGAUCCUGCUCCUCGAGCACGACGAGCGCGACCUGCGCCGCAUGGCCGCCUGGUGCGUCGGCACCGCCGUCCAGAACAACAGCCCCAGCCAGGAGCGCCUGCUGGCCAUGGGCGGCAUCCCGCCCCUCGUCCGCCUCGCCGUCGCCGCCGACCACGCCGCCGACCCGGACUCGGAGCCCGUGCGCAGGAAGGCCGUCUACGCCCUCAGCUCCGCCGUGCGCAACUACCAGCCCGCCAUGGACGCCGCCGCCGAGGAGCUCGCGAGGCACGGCGCCCACAGCGGCGAGAAGGUCGACGCCACCAACAUGGAUGCCGUCGACGAGAUCAUCGAGAGGUUGAGGGAGCGGCGGCCGGCUACUGCUGCUGCUGCUACGGCGCCGGUAUGA